GAAGGCUCCGUUGAAGGUGUGCUGGAGGGGAAGAAGUAUAAUAGAGCAGUGAGAUUUCACAAGCUGUUAUACGAGGCAUUAAUGAGAAUCGUCUGGAAAAGAUUUUUCGAGUGGAUGAAAAAGGAAAAUGAGCACAUUCUACCCCAUCUUAAUAAAGCAUUAAAUGAGGUUGACAAGCUGGSCAAUGACAUCUCUCAAGAUGCUUUUGAGRACRUGCUCAAACACCCUUCAUGCAUCAAAGUCAUGGAUACGUACUCCGAGUAUCUCAACAUAUUACGUAAAGAACAUGGAGAUUUGUCAUCGUUCUGGAUGAGCUAUAUUGAUAUGGCUGAGAUUGUCCUAGGAAUGAUACGAGCAUCAAGAGAAGGCAACUGGUGGCUUCAUCUGGCUAUGAUUAGAGAUAUGAUAKCAUGGGCCUUUGCCUAUGACAAGGUGAACUAUGCCAGGUACCUUCCUGUUUACUAUGGUGAAAUGUUGAAGUUGGAGAGUGAUCACCCAGACGUCUUUGACCACAUGRUAAAUGGAGGCUUCUCGGUCCAGAUUGGGUCUUCCAACCCCUUCAGUAGAAUUCCUGUUGACCAGACCAUUGAGGAAACUGCAAACAAAGAUACCCAAACACCUGGGGGAACCAAAGSGUUCAGUUUAAAUCCUGGAGCGGUAAACAGGUUUUACCUCACUGCCGAGUACCGCAGCAGUUGCAUCCGGAAUCUUAGAAAAAUGGUGGAYCUAAAAGCUCAAGGAACAAGUCAUCCUGACCUUCAAGCUUCGCGAAUCAAAAAAGAUGAAAAAGCCAUCAAUGCCCUUCUAGAACUGAUUGAAUCUKGCUGGAUUAAUCCUUUUUCAAACCCAAAUGACUUGGUAUCAUUAUCAACUGGUAGAGUGGCCCCUGAUGAUGUCUGUYCUGAUUUACUAAAAGCKAAGAAAAUAYGUGAAGAUGCAUUCAUUGCUUUCAAAAAGGAGAGGCUCGAGACUGAUCAUCAKACUAGAGAGAAGAKAUUCCAUGACAGGAUGACUAAACGCAACCUCAAGACAUUCAGCUCCAUUCAAAAAUCCAAAAAGACUAAAACGUCUAACAAAGAAGUUGUACUAAAAGCUGACAACAAGUUGUUUGGUCACCUGAUUCUUGUAUCUUCGAGUASAAAUCUUCACAUCAGAGAUGUUCUAAASCACCCUCUAGGACCCCUUCCCUGGUCUUUGGCAAAUCCAGACGGAUCAAUGAAGAAAACUAGCAAGAGCUCUCUUGCCAGGCAUCUAGAGAAAAUGACUUCCCCUGCUGAACAUGUUCUAGGGAAUGCUGCAGUCAUCAUAGAUGGUUUAGCACUUAUAAAUAAAGUUGAUCCCGACAAAAAGARGUAUGGRGAAUUUGCUGACCAUCUGUUCCGAUGUGUAUUAAGAGAUGGCAAUGGUCACAGACGUAUAGAUGUGGUUUUUGAUGUCUACAAAGAUGUUUCCAUAAAGAAUUCUGAGCGUGACAACCGUGGAGACACCGACACGNAUGUAAUCAUCAUUGCCCUAGCCUACCACAAAGAGAUAGAGAACAUUUUUGUACGAUGCGGCACAAGAAACCGUAUCAGAUACAUUGAUGUGUCUAAAUUGGGAUCUUGUCUUGGAAAUGACAUUUGUAACAGUUUGAUAGGCUUACACGCAUUCACCGGAUGCGACUCCACGAGUGCCUUCGGAGGCAAAGGAAAGAUCUCUGGAUUGAAGCUAAUUAUGAAGGAUGAGUGUUAUGCAGAUGCUUUUGCCAAACUGGGUAAAGAGUGGACACUGUCAAAGGAACUUUUUGCUCAACUCCAGAAGUUCACGUGCAAGUUGUAUGCUUCAAAGCUCGAAGUCAAAGACACAAAUGAGCUAAGAUAUGAAAUCUUUAGAUCACGGAAGGGAGGGAUUGAGUCAUGGCAGCUUCCUCCAUGCGAAGAUUGUCUUCGCCAGCAUGCUUUGCGCUCUAACUACCAAGCUGGAAUCUGGCGUAGGUGCCUGCAGCAACACCCAAACACACCACCUCCAGAUGCCGAUCAUGGAUGGAAAACUGAAAAUGGCCAUUUGACCAUCCUGUGGAUGACAGGUCUUCCAGCACCGCAGUCAGUUUUGGAAAUAAUUUCCUGCAAUUGCAGUAAGGAAUGCAAACUUCCUCAAUGCCAAUGUCUGGUAAAUGGUUUCAAAUGCACACCUGCAUGCAGGAACCAGUCCUGCGAUAAUAUGCAAGUGGAUGACGACGAAGAACUAUCAGUCUAUGAAGAUACCUCCGAUGAAAGCUCUGAUGAAAGCUCCGAUGAAGAUGACUUAUAA